AGCGGUAAACCAAGUGGGCCUAUAUAACUGCUUGCUCAGCUGAACGAGCUUUCCCGCGUCUCUCUCUCUCUCUCUCUCUCUCCCCGCCGGUCAUCGGAGAAAAACGGACGCUCACUCUCUCUCUAGAAUAAUUUAUAAGCCAAAAUCAGACGUACGAUGGGAGCGGGCGGCGGAGGAGACGAUGAGGGGAUACGGCGGAGAGGCUGCACGUACCGAAAGGACGAUUUUCUCCCCGAGGAGUCGUUUCAGAGCUGGGGCAAUUACGUCAAUGCGCUGAAGAAGACUCCGUUCCGGUUCGUGGAUCGCGUCCUUUCCCGGUCGGCGGACAGCACGGAGCUGGUGGAGGUGAAGGCGCGGAGUCAUCACGAGAUGAAGAAGAAGCUCAACUGGUGGGACCUCAUCUGGUUCGGAAUUGGCGUUGUCAUCGGCGCCGGAAUAUUCGCGCUCACAGGACUGGAGGCGAGAAGGCACGCAGGCGCCGCCAUCGUGCUGUCGUACGUCGUCUCGGGCGUCUCCGCCAUGCUCUCUGUUUUCUGUUACACCGAGUUCGCCGUCGAGAUUCCUGUUGCAGGUGGCUCAUUUGCCUACCUUAGGGUGGAGCUUGGGGACUUCGUGGCCUUCAUUGCAGCAGGCAACAUCCUCCUCGAGUACGUCAUUAGUGGCGCAGCCGUUGCUCGUUCCUGGACAUCCUACUUCACCACCCUCUGCAACCGCAGCGACACCAAUGAUUUCCGCAUCAUAGCCCACGGUUUCCCAGAGGACUACAAGUACCUCGAUCCCAUUGCUGUCGCUGUCCUUAUUUGCAUCUGCUGCCUUGCAGUCCUCAGCAUAAAGGGCUCUUCUCGUCUCAACUACAUUGCCUCGAUUUUCCAUAUAAUUGUCAUUGUCUUCAUCAUCAUCGCCGGCCUCACCAAAGCUGAUACCAAAAACUACAUCGAUUUCGCCCCUUUUGGCCCGCGCGGCGUGUUCCAAGCGUCGGCUGUUGUGUUCUUCGCGUACGUUGGAUUUGAUGCCGUUUCAACCAUGGCGGAGGAGACCAAGAAUCCCGCAAAGGACAUCCCAAUUGGUCUUGUCGGCUCAAUGGUGAUUGUUACAGUGCUCUAUUGCUUGCUUGCACUCACAUUAGGCCUUAUGCAGCCAUAUAACCAAAUCGACGAACAAGCUGCAUUUCCGGUUGCGUUUCAAGCUGUUGGGAUGGGAUGGGCUAAGUACCUUGUGGCAGCGGGCGCAUUGGAAGGCAUGACAAGCGCGCUGCUUGGCGGGGCAGUUGGACAGGCGCGGUACCUCACUCACAUUGCCCGAACCCACAUGGUGCCACCAUGGUUUGCACAAGUUGAUUCCAAAACCGGCACUCCUGUCAAUGCCACGGUCACCUUACUCGCAGCCACGGCAGUCAUUGCCUUCUUCACGAGCCUCGACGUUCUGGCCAACCUUGUCUCCAUCUCCACUUUGUUCAUCUUCAGCCUUGUUGCCAUCGCUCUCCUUGUUCGCCGCUACUAUGUCAGCGGCGUCACAACUCAGGCCAACAGGAACAAGUUCAUUGCCUGCCUUUUCAUCAUAAUUAGCUCUUCAAUUGCCACCUCUGUCUAUUGGAGCAGAACAGAUGAUUGGAUUGCCUACGUGGUAACCGCGCCGCUUUGGUUCUUGGGUACUUUAGGGAUUUGGUUACUUGUCCCCCAAGCAAGGAGUCCGAAGCUCUGGGGAGUGCCAUUGGUGCCAUGGUUGCCAUCUCUUUCAAUUGCCAUCAACAUUUUCCUGCUCGGGUCAAUCGAUCACGCCUCAUUCAUAAGGUUUGGAGUGUGGACUCUGAUCAUCUUGGUUUACUACUUCAUCUUCGGAUUGCACGCGUCUUAUGACACGGUAAAGGACUCAGAAGCGAAGAGGCUGGAGGGCGGCAGAAACAAUGAGUUGAGGAAGGUUGAAGCUGCAAGGGUUGCCACGAGGGACUCCGGCUUAGACGGCGGAAGUGGUAGCAAUGCCUCUGAAACUCCUGCUAGUUAAGCAAGGGUUUGUUGUGUCUGUGUGAUUGUGUGAAGAUUUAAUUGUUUUUGUGUGUGAUUAGUGCUGUUUAGUUUGGAAAAGGAUCCGGAGGAUCCUUUUCCUGGGGAUGCCGAGAUCCCGUGAUUAUGACCGUUUAUCGUACAUCGUGCGGUCAGAAAUCAUUUGAAAUUUAAAAUUUAAAAUUAAAUAUAAAUAGUACAUAACGAAAACUGACCGCACGAUGAACGGUCAUGAUCACGGGAUCCCAGGAAAAGGAUCCUCCACGUUUGUUAUCAGCUUGCUUCUAGAGAUGUGAUUUAUAAUUAAAUGUUGUCUAUAAAUACGUUUUGAAGUAGUACUUUUAUUAUUAUCACCACAACAACUUUCUUUCUCAA